CAAAUGUUAAAAACUGUUACGUCUUAAUUUAACAAGUUUAACUUUUUGCUGUUUCAAGCUUCUUCGCUCGUGACCUUCGAUUAAUUUUUCAUAAUUAUUAGCAAACAUUUUCAUAGUAUAAAAUGCCAAACCGAGGGUUGUUAAUUAGUAUAAUUUGUCGCCGCCAUUGAGCUAUUUGAAAGAGUACAAUUGUAGUGAAUAUAUCAUAACAGCGGGAAAUAAUGCAUCGUCAAGGAUAAUUUAUACGUUUCUAGGCUAUUGUCAAUAAAAUUUGUAAUAGGCGGGCAAAUUACCAAUAAAAGGAAGAUGUUGUAAGAGUUAAUUAAGUAUGUCACCGGUCUACUAUCUGCGAAUGAAAUUCGCUAAUGAAAAAAUCCUAUCUUAUUAAAAUAAUUCUCACUUAAUCAACAAAUAUCAUUUAAACGAGAAAGAUUUCCUUCCUUCUUUUCAUUAAUAUUAUGGAUUCAAUGCAUUCAUAAUGCAUCGAAAAGUUAAGCUGAAAUUGUCGUUUAAUUAAACACACAAGGAACGGUGCAAAUCAACAUUGCAUAGAGUACUAAUGAAAUUAAUACUAAAAUACUUUUCUCCAUUUGUAUGAAUUAAUCAAAUCGACAACGACAUAUUUGUAAUAGUGCAUAAAAGCAUUUGAUAAGUAUCGUGCCAUUAAAUGAACUUGUUUGAUAUAUAGUACGAACGUCGUUUAUAUACGCUAUUGCUGCACUUAAGAUAAAUGAAAUUUUGCGCGAAGGGUUAAGAGGUAUAAAGGUGUUUCUUUCAGUCGAUUGCAACUCCUCUUCUGCGUUUGUAGCUUUGCAGAUGUCUUGCCUCUGCGUACUUGAUCUAUGAGAAUUAAAGAAUCGUUAAAUGACAAAUAAAAAAUUAUAUCUAAGAACUUUCAUUCUGCGAGUGGCGUCGCUCCAAGACGUAGCCUUCUUGACAAAUUGACUUCCUUUGUCUCAAUUUAUGGAACGUUGAGAAAAUCACUAUGAUGCUACCAGUAUAUAUACUAAUGCUUCAACAGAUAAAUUAUUUAAAUUAUUUGUCAAGCGUCGAACAAAUUAUUAUAGAUGUUCUUCGAAGAAUCAAAUUUUCGGAUGUGCAACUCGUCGUUCAAAAUCCUUACGGAAACAAUCUCGGAAUAAUCAACGAGAUCUAUAAAAUUGUGGCUCAAACUAUACCAACGAGUUACAUUUCGGUGAACGACUCAGAUCCUUUGGGACUGCCAUCCUCUCAGGUAUCUCAAGCAACGCUGAUUUUAUACAUUUACGUCGCAAAAACUUCACCGAAUUUCGAACAAACGGAAAAUAUCAUACGCGCGAUCGUGUCCAGGAAUCGACCAAAAAUUCUGUUGAUAACUAUGAUGGAGGAAGAAGAUCGCAACUUUGAACCGCUUCUGAAGCAAACGUGGCACAAUCAUUUGAUCGACAUAGCGAUUUUAGAGUUGUCAAAAUUAAAUAGACACAUAAACGCCACUAAAGUUCAUCGGUAUAACCCAUUUACGAAAGUCUACGAUCAACGGCCUUAUGUUUCGGGUAUAGAAUUGUUUCCCAAUAAAAUGGAUAAUCUUCAUGGUUACCUGAUAAGAAUAGGCAUGAUGAAACGUGCAGGCUAUUUAUGGUACACGAAAAAUUCACAGGGAUACCCUGUAAUGUACAGAGGCCCGGACGUAAAAGUUAUAAAAACACUUGCUCGGAUUAUGAACUUCACUAUCGCAGUAUAUCCCAGUAAAGACAUAUUCGUUGAUAUAGUCAAUGAAAAAAUCGACAUGAUUAUUCCGACGUUGUCGCUUUUCGCGGACGCUAAUGCUCUAAAAUGUGAUUUCACUUUACCUUUUGGCUUCGAGAGUUGGUGCCCAGUAGUGCCGGUUAAAUACAAAUCCAAUCAUGCCGAGAUACGCGGUUUAAUCGGAAUCGCCACAAAUUUCUGUGUUCUCCUUAUAUUCUGGGGAUUAUCGGUCGUAUUGAAAUUUCAAUCGGACCUGUGGCAACCAUUGAAAAUCUUCGGUCUGUUGAUAGCUACUACCAUCUCAUCGAGACCAAAGAAGACGACGGAAAGAGUUAUAUUCUUUCUCAUUGUACUCGCUUCGUCGAUGUAUUCGGCGAAUCUGUUCAUUGAUCUGACCAACAUAAGCAUGAAAGAGCACACCGUGGUAGAUUAUAACAGUUACAAAGAGUUGGACGACACUGGAUUGACUCCCGUUAUUUUGACUGGUCUCUUCAACGUAACUUUCCUCAACGAAGACGAAUCUUUUUCUCGGUUAAAGAGAAAAGCGAUCCAGAUGGAUAAUACAGAGAGUUGCGUGAAUUAUUUGGAACAACAUAAAAAUAUUACUUGCUUCCUAGAGACGAGAAAUGUAAACAUGAUAAUUUAUUCGCAUGCGCGCGAAGGUAAAAGGGUCCUGAAAACCUGCGAAAAAUUGUGUUACGCGAAACCACCGAGUGCGUACUUUUUGAAAAAACAUUCGCCGUAUAGAGACCAAUUUGUAAAGAUCAUAAUACGUUUGGAUGCAGCAGGUAUUCGCAUGAAAUGGUUAAACGAUUAUAUUGGUAAAUUUCGACCAAGAAAAACUCACAUCAUGGAAGUUAAUAGUUCGUACACAUCGCCUCUCGCCUGGAAUCUGGCUUACAUCACAUGCAGUGGAUAUUUAAUGUCGCUUUUAGCAUUUUUUGGUGAAAUUAUAAUACACUAUCUCCGCCGUGACAAGGAGACGAAAAGAUUUUUGAACAAAACGUGAAGUUACACGUAUUCGAGAUUGUGCGUAGUUGAAAUAUAAAUAGUGGUUUGGAAUUCACGUGACUAGAAAUACAAGAAUUUUUCUUGGAAAAGGAUGGCCGAAUUUUUCCAUUAAACUCGUUAGCUUUCUCGAACUGUUUAUCCUUAUUAACUCACGUUGAGCAUUUGUUGAACACAAAUCUUUGCUUAGUAAUAUUUAAACAAUCUAAUAUUAGGAUCAACUUAAUGAUCCUGUACUUCAAACUGUGUCUUGAAAUGCCAACUUAUUUUCAGCAUGUUUGACCGCGUUGCGUUGCUGUAACUUUCGUCUAUGAAACUGAAUAAUUCUAACGAUUUAAGUAACAAAUAUCGAUAAUCUUACCACUAAAAGCAUUUCAAAAAAUAUAUCUUGUAACGAACGCGACAAAUAUUCACCUAAUAAAGUCACGUGUCUACGUGUAAAAUAGUUAAACGUUCAAAAUCAAUAUCCAUA